AUGGUAACAGACUGUCAGAAAGGCUUUGUAGCUUUUCUUUUCUUUUCUUUUCUUUUCUUUUCUCCGUGUACUGACUUUCCACCGUCCUUAGAAGUGGCUGCCCAGCAGGUGGCCGUGGCUGGAACGGCGGCUGCAGCAGCGGCAGCUGUAGCCGCAGCAGAGGCGGCCAUUUGUUUCCCGUUCGAUGUGAAUGGAACCAUGACUGGAAAUCGGGAUAGUGCCAAUUCGAUCAACUGUGGGCCCCUCAGUUUUGAAGGGCUCGAAAGGACAUCAUCAGGUGCAACAAGUCAAUGUCUAAGCACCUCAAAUACGUCAACGUCUCCUCCUCUUACUUCUACCACUUCCUCUUUUAGCGCCUUUCGACCAUGGCUUUGUAAUCCUUCGAAAAACAGCACGUCACCAAUCAGCCAGAUUAAUUUUGCAGGUGACACCCUUAAACUCCUCAUGCAGAAGAUGCACAACAAAUUGAACUAUGCUGAUGUCUACCGCUAUCAUUUGUUCCAUCAAGCGAGUAUUCCAAGUCCGGGAAGCACAGGCACAGGAAAUGGAGCAAGAGGUGGCUCGACCAAUGAAGGAGGAGCUGGUUCCGCAGGGGGAGGAGGCGGUGGCAGCGGAGGUGGUGCGGGUGGUACAGGUGUUGGAUCGGCAGCCGCCGCCGCCGCCGCUGCAGCUGCCGCAGCCGCCGCUGCCGCCGCUGCAGCUUCUGGUCGGGUACCGCAUACAAUGGACUUUGCCUACGGCCAACAACUUUGGAACUCAGCACAACUUUGCCACUUCUUAGGGUCCAAAAUGAACAAACCACUUUUAGGGGAUGCUGAUCGUUUGCUUCGUGAAGGACUCGGGGUUAUCGGCGGGUUUGGGGAGCCCUUGGUUCGAUGGCUGGCUGGCAGUCUAGGCACGUCGGUGACAGAUCGUGGACUGGGAUCCCAGCCUGACCGUCACCAUUCUGGGCGUACCAUCAGUCUCGGCACUGGUGGAGGUCUCGGCACGAAUGGAUUAAACGGCGGUGUCCUACACGGUGUUGGUCGCAACGGGGAUGGUCGGGGAGCAGACGGAACCGGCGGUACAAUAUUAGGAGUCAACGGUUCGCCAGUCUCUGGGAACGGCGAUGACGGACCGUUCGAGUGUGUGAAAUGUCUGAAGCACUUUACGACGCCGCACGGGCUGGAGGUGCACGUGCGCCGUUCGCACAGUGGCAAGCGUCCGUACGCAUGUGACGUGUGCAGCAAGACUUUCGGCCAUUCGGUGUCACUGUCGCAGCACCGGGCUGUACAUACCCAGGAGAAGAGCUUUCAGUGCCAGCAGUGCGGCAAAUGCUUCAAGCGAUCCUCGACGCUUAGUACGCAUCUACUGAUACACAGCGACACACGGCCCUACCCCUGUCCUUACUGUGGCAAGCGCUUCCACCAGAAGUCGGACAUGAAAAAACACACCUACAUACACACAGCUCUUUUUAAUUUUGUCAUAUCUAUCUAUCUAUCUAUCUAUCUAUCUAUCUACCUAUCUAUCUAUCUAUCUAUCUAUCUAUCUAUCUAUCUAUCUCAGUUUAAGUGUGAAAACUUUAACUUGAAUGUCCUAUCUAUCUAUCUAUCUAUCUAUCUAUCUAUCUAUCUAUCUAUGAGAUACUACUCAAAUUUUCGGACAAUUUGA